AUGAAUUUAUCACUUUGUUAUGGGUUCUUUUCGUUUAUGAAACAGGUGGAACCAUGGAAUUCGGUGCGCGUGACGCUGUCGAUACCGAGAGAGGCGGCCGCGAGGUUGCGGAGGUUAGCUGCCGAAGGUUCCGCGGCGUUGAGGGCGCUGGGGGUACUAUCAGUGCAGGUUGACGGUGAUGCAGUCAUUUCGUUGAGGCUAGCAGGACCUGCAGGAAGUUCAUCUAAUCCUGCUGCGGGUGGCACCAGAGAGAUCGUACUAAGGACAGCCCCUGCGGAUGGCGCUUCAUCUAGUACGAGUAGUACGUCUGAUUCCACCGGCCUUGCCGGUUUAGGCAGACUACUAACAGCUGCCGCCUCUUCUACUUCUGCCUCCACCAGCACCGCUUUGCCUACGCCAACCUCUGUGCCGGAUAAGAACCCACCUGAUAAAAUAAUUCCUCUACCAAUUCCGCCAUUGCCUCAAGCAGCCACCACCUCCGAUAGUUUCAAAAGCCCUAAUACUGUUUGUCCUAUGGACGGAAAGUUGCCUCUUCAUGUGCCUACUCCACCUGCAUCAACAGAUGUACGCGAGUAUCCCUUUGAAAGCAUGACGCAGGCAAGGGUUAUACAUCGACGGGAAAAUACAAUGGCUAUAAAUGGACAAUUUGUAGCCCCUAAUGCUCCUGCUCCUCCCCCACCGCCUUAUCCAGCCGCCGCAGCGCAAAAUAUUGCAAUAUCAAGUCCGCUGCUAGUUAAUCUGCUGCAGAACGAUGGAGGUGCACCUAAUACGCCUCCAGUAAAAAUUGUCCCAAACAAGCAAGAUUCACUUGAGAACGCUAUUUUGCCCAUAGUGGAAGCUGCAGGAGGAGCAGUUAAACAGCAGCAGCAGCAGCAAAAUGCUGCGGGUACAGCCACUAUAGUGCAAUAUGCAAACGGCAGCAGAGCGGCGGUUACAGUGCCUUCAACAAACAGAUUCCCUUUAGCCGCAACAACGCGACUUGUUCAUGUGAAUACAACACAGAUCAAGAAGCCACCCGCAGCAGUUGCACGAUUUCCUGUGGUACAGCAGCGACCUGCUGCAGUUCUACAAUAUCAUCAACAACAGCAGCCUCAGCAGCCAUAUUCCAGCACUCAUUUUACUGCUAACACUGCAACUAUGGAUUCACAAACCAAAUCUAGUUACCAAGAAUUUCAAAGAUAUCAGCAACAAUACAAUGCUCAGCAAAAUGCUGCCAGUAACUGGCAGCAACAACAGCAACCUGCUGUUGCUGGUAGUGCUAGUACUAGUUUGAACAUUCUGCAAGAUCCUUUAAUUCUUUCAGAUUUAACAGAAUUGACAAAGAGUGAUUUAGACACUUUAUUACCAACUCUCAAUAGUGGUGAUAUUGAUAGUGAGUUGUCAUGUCUGGACAGCAAGACAUCUAAAACACUUGAUGCAGACUUUAGUUUAGACUUGGUUGAUCCAUCUACUGGCUCAUUAGAUGCAAUUUCUUCAGAAUCAGCUCAAAAUACAACAGCUACACAGCCACCACCUGUUGAAUUAACGAGCACAGGCAAACCUAGGAAAUAUUUAAUUAAUCCUCUUUCAGGGGAUUUAGAACCAAUGCCUUCAGAAGAGAGUUGCAGUGAAGAAGAGCCUGAUUCCACUUUCAACAUUUUCAACUCUGAAAGAUCAAACUCAAUAUUUUCGGAUGAUGAAACGUCAUGCUCUACAGAAUUUUCUAAGAGAUUUGACACAUCAGAUCAGAGUGACUCGGAAACUACCAUGCGUUCUAGUAAUUCAGAAAAUAGUGUAAAAUGUGGUAUGCCUAAAAGUAGAAUGAAGAAAGACAAAAGUUUAAGUGCAAGGGAACCUAAAAGUGGAUUGAAGAAGGUGUUGAACAAAGAUAAAGCAAUUACUAAAAAUAUUAUGAAAGAUAAAGUUGUGAUGAUGAAGGAUAAAACAAUGAAAUUGGUUAAAAAUGCCAUUCCCAAGGAAAAAUCUGUAGCUACGUUUGGUGCAAAAACUGUUGUAAAAUCAUCAUUGGUUGAAAUGGAUAAAAGCAAUUUGGCUGAGAAGAAUGAAAAAAUUAAACUCAGGUUGAAAUUGGAAAAGUCAGAACCGGUAUCUCCAGCAUAUAAAGUUGAUGUAAGUUUUUUAAAUCAACCAAAGAAAGGAACAGCCAACGCAAUGAUGCCUGCCAUGCCCUUGAAUAACAUAAAACCAGGUGGUUUGGCACCGUCAAGUGGAGCUACCAGUGAGGAACUUAGAGUGCCUCCUUUACAUAUAAGUCUUAGAGGUCGCAAUUCUGUAGUCAUCAAAAAUUCUAAGAAGGACCGCAAAAAACCUAUGAUUGGAGCAGAUGGUGAGCAAAUAGGUGAUGCAUCAGAUAAAAGGAUGAAAUUUAUGAAACUCCAACAAAAAGACAUGUUAAAUGACUUGUCAGAACAAACUUCGAAAUCUUUAGUUAAUAAAUUUAGUGAUGAUCUUUCGCCCACAAAAGAUAAUAUGAAAAUUGUCAAAAACUCUAUGAAAUUUAAUCAUUCAGAUUUGGAAGACGUUCCUUUGAACUACAGAGUUCGAGAGGCUGGUGAAGUGUUCACAGGUGCUUAUCAUGUAAAAUCUAUUUCACGAAGCUCACAUAUUGUGACCAAAAAUGCAAUAGGACUAAAGAACUCACAGCAGCAUGUGAAGUCAAAUUUGGUUGUGGCUGGUUCAAAGUUAAGUAAAAAGAUAAAGCCUGCUGGAGAAAGUGAGUUAGGUGGUAUAACUGAUUCUAAGUCAAAUAAUGUAGACAGUGGAUUAUUGGUGAAUAAUCAUGAAAAAUUUUCAAGUGUUAAGGACAGGUGGAAUUUGAAUAGUUUUAUGAAUGUAAACAACUCACUGGCUGGUGCCAGUAGUGGUACUUCGAACAAAUUAGUGAAAUAUGUUAGUAAACAGUCUGUGGUGAAUAGUGAAUCAGUUGAUGGUUCAGUGAAAAGGACAGGUGUGGGACAAGAAAUCAGUGAUAAUACAAUAGUGAAUAGCCCAAAUGGGGCUCAAACACCUUCACCACCUGAAAAGCGGAGGAGAAUAUCACAAUCUGAGCAGCUGUCUGAAUCUCAUAAUCAGCAUCAGCCUCCAAGCCAUCCCCCAUCUUCAUCGUUAUCCGUCCGACAGUCCCAAGAUACACCUGCAGUCAUAGGUUCUACAAAUGUGGGAACGCUUCCUAAUGUUGCCAAUCUCACCUCCAAAACUCAACAAAAUAGUUCGCCAAAGCAUUCAAGUAAUACAUCUGGCAACUCUGGCAGCGGCAACAAUAGCAAUUCUUCAUCGGGAAGUGGUUCCAAAGGAUGUGGAAAUGCUUAUAAAAGCGGAUCUGGAAAAUUAGCGACGAAGCGGGAUAGGAAGGAGAGUUAUAGUAAUAACAGCGCGGGAAACGUGGCGUAUCACAAUCCCGAUGCAAAAACAACGAACGAAGCGGAUUUUAUGAAACAACACAACAUAUCGGCUUCACAGACCAAUACCACUGAAAUGAAAACUGUAAAAUCUUUAUCAUUACCUCAAGGAGACAUGGAUGUAAUGUCGGAAGAAAAAUUCAAAAGAAAAUUAUUAGAGAAUACAGAUGACCCGCCAGCAUUAUAUGCUAGCAGGAAAGAUUUACUAAGUGACCUGAUGGAUGAAAAAGAAUCACCAGGCGGAUUGACGAACGAUCCGUCAGCAGCCGCUGCAGUCUCGGGAGGUACGCGUGGUAGUCCAAAUUCCCAGGCUCAAGGAGAGGAUUCUGGAAUAGAAUCUAUGGACGCUUUAAGUGAAAAGUCUCCGCAUCAGGCAGCUGGGCAGAGUCCUCAAGAUGUUACCAGAACGGAAGGGAGCGUGGUCAAACAUUAUCCUACUAAAAGGGAUGAAAAGUUGGAUAUAAAAGCCCAGCGAUCAGCGACAGCAGAGAAUGUAACAAACAAAGCAGAUUAUGAAGCUCACAUGGAAAUUGGUUACAUUGAGGCAGAAUUAGCUAAAAUGGAAGGAUUAUCUCCAGAUGCGAGUUUGGUUGCAGCUGCGGAAUUUCUCAAGAAAGAUAAAUUGAAUGGGGAUAGGGGUGGUCUUCUAACUGCAACCCAAUCUCCUAAAGAUAUUUUGCGGGAUCUUACGUCAGCGGCAGGAGCUCUAAUAAAAGAAACAAACUUGCACUCAGUCAAAGUAGAAGAAAAUUUGAGUGACAUUCUAUUAGGAGAGGAAAACAAACAACGAAUGGAUUUGAAUGAUAAUGAUAAAACAUCAAUUAUGGAUAACAAAGAUAGCACAAAAAAAGAGGUAAAGAAGGAGGAAAAGCCAGUUGUGGAUGAUGGUAGAGUAGUUUUAAAAUCCGAACCUGAUGAUCCAUUGCCGUUAAGAGUCACACCUGCUUUGUACACUUAUUCAAAUAGCAAUGAAAGGAGUAGGGAUGCAAGUCCUGUGCCGGAUUCCGAGAGUCCUGUUAGUGAAAAGCAGACGCGAUUAGGACAAGCUGAUGACAGCAUGAUGCAACAACUUUCAAUAGAAAUUCCUUCCCAACAUGAUGCUACAAGUGAUGCUAAAAGCACGCCCCGAAUACGUACACGAGCGAGCAGUAGGUUAGAAAGUCCAGCUGCUGAUUUAGCUAAAUUACAUAGCCCAAACUCCGCCGCGAGCAGGUCCGGAUCUCCCGCCUUAUUUUCCAAAGCAAACAAAAAUUCUUUGGAAAAACUGAGUCCCAAAUUGACCCCAGUAGCCGCGAAAGGUAAAAGAAAACGACACGAAAGUGAAAGUUCAACACAGUCGUGUGUGUCCAAUGAAGACUUAUCGCAACAGCAACCACGUAGUAAAAAGUCGAGACGAUGUCUCGAGAACGCGGUGGAGUUGAUAAAAGCUUGCAUGGGAGUCGAUGGUCAACCUGUAACGCCCGUCCAAAAUGCUAAAGGUGGUCAAAAAGUUGGCAAAGAAGCGAGCAAAAUCAAAACAAGGCACAAGACGAUUAGUGAUAGCAACGAAACUCUGAAUUCAUCAGAUAGCGACGAGCCUCUCAUAGAAGUAGCCGGAAAGGUGCGAAAUUCAAGCAAGUACAAUAGUAUUGAAUCUAAGUCUAUUUCCACAAGGCACAACUCCAAAUCCAUGAUAGCAAAUCAUAAUCAGAAAACAAAUGCGGCAUCAACUGGAGUAAAUCCGAAUUCGACUUCAAGUAAUGCUGCAACGGCUAUGAAUAACAUGAAAAAUGUGUCGGUAAAGAUUCAAAACUGCGACGCUGCUGCUGCAGCGGCGGGCGGUGGUGUAGCAAUGAGCACGAGACGGUCAGUUCGGAUGGGCGGUGCAGCAGCUGCCGCCGCUGCAGCAGGGGGGGCGACCAACAAAGGCGGGGCUGUCGCUGCCACAGCACCCGUGGUUGCAGCGGCGGCGGGUGGAGCAAGCAAGAUAGUGCCUCAAGCACAAACUGAGGAUAGGCGGAAAACAAGAAGCGCAGUUAUAGAGACACGUUCCGGUGGCGGAACUCGUGACGUGAAGUGACCCCGCGCCCCUGACCCUGACGCCCUCCUGGACGUCUGGGUCCAAGACGUCACCGCUGCCGGCAACACUACUGACGAUGACGUCACAUUGUCACCAGCCGAGUCGACUGACGAAAAUUCUAGAGGAGCAGAAAGUGUUUUUACUUUCUCUUCGAAUUCCUGCUGUUCAUCUGAGAUCAGCUCGGAAGUGGACGAGAUGUCAGAUCGAGAGAUUGAAGAAAUGAUACCCAAACAAGUUGUAAGGCAAGAUGAUUCACAAAAGGCAGCAGGUAAUGGUGAGGAACU